CGUGAAACGACUGAACGUAAUCAACGUGAAAUUCAAAAUCUUCGUCGAAAUCUUUGUCGUAAAGAAAAAGCUGCUCAAGAACAAAAGAAACGUCUUGAAAGAAUUAAUGAAAUGCAAAAAAUCAUGCUUGAAAAGAGACGGAAGGAAAUUUUACAAAAAAAUGGAAAAAUUAAAUCAGUUAUGGCGUUACUCAAACGAACCACUACUCAUAAGUCAAUCACCAAGGCUUCCCGUAAUCACAAACGACAAUCAGUAUCUAGUAAUGGUGAAGGCAGAAAUGAUUUGAGACGAUCUUUUGAUGAUUUAGGUCCUAUCUAUGAUGACAAGAAAAAACUUCUUGAUGAAGCUAUCUAUAAAUAUAUUAGUGGUCGUCAACCAUUGGCAAUGGUGGAUGAAUGGAUCGUUAAAAGAAACAAUUUACAAGUGGAGAAGAAUGAAUUACUUGAAGAACGUGAAAAAAUAAUCACUAGUGAAAUUGGAAAUGAAUUAGGA